GCAAGUUCAACUAGUUGAGUAAACGAAUUAAAUAAUUCAGUUUAAUUAAAAUAAAUAGUAUUCAAUAUGAAAUCCGCAUUAAUCAUUUCAACAUUUUUAGCUGCAGCUUCUCUAGCAUUAGCCAUACCGUACGAUUGGGACCCAUUCAUGCUGGACGUCACCACUACUGUCGCUGGCGUUCAGAAACAAAGGGAAGCUGUGAUUAAAGACAUCGAUGAACACCCUUUGCUCAGACAAAAGCAUUUAGAACAGGUCGACCAAAUGAUUGAUGAUAUCAUUAGGACGGAUAGUGGCAAAAACGUGGGGCACAUCGUUAGUACGGAUGUCUUGCAGCACCUGUACAUCACUGCCAUUCAGUCGCUGUCCACACUCUAUGGCGCGCUCCAGAUAUGUGUUCACAAAAAUCUCUAA